CUUUAAUUAGAACGUGUCACAAGUUAAUAGUUAAUUGUACUUUUUUUAAACUAUUUUACUAUUAUUGUUGGAAGUUUUGGUAACAACACAUAUUGCGAGUGCACUAGUAUAAGAUUGCAAGGGUGGAAAUUAGACUUAGUACCUAUUUUAAAUGAUGAACUUUAAUUUUUAUUCAUUAUUUUUAACUCUUAUUUUAAUACCCAAAUUUUCAAUUAAUGUACCCAUUAUACCCCUUCAAUUACAUACUUUUUUUUCUCCUUAAACACCCUACAAUUAGAAUGCAUUUCCAAUUUAAUUAUAAUAUGACACAUAUAAUACACAUUACAACAACACUUAGAACCAUGUGUUCAAAUAAGGGUAAUUUUGGAAGUCUCAUGAUAAUAAUGGGUAAAAUUCAACUAAAUAUAUUUAGUGUCUAAUUUUAGUUAACUACUUUUAAAAAUGGGUAGUUAUCAAAUUUUCCCAUUGCAAGGUCUUAUAUAGGGAAUUGAUAACUUGUGAGAGUAUUUUUUUUGCUAAAGUUAGGUUCCCCUAUUUAUAGGGAAUUGAUAAGGUUGUUACAAUUUUUUGUCCAUUAGUUGAACAAUUACUAGGAACGAUAUAGAAAAUACAUCUUCUUGAAAUGAGUAGAUCGCAUCGAUCUUCUUGUAAGAUAGUGCCCCGGCCCCCGGUUAUGUGAGAACACUUAUUCGAGAAUGGAAAACUCAUUCUUUCUCUUCUUGCUACAUAACAAUUGCCCUGAGUUUUUCAAAGUUGCUCAAGCACCCAGCACGAACUACUUGAGCAAGAAGGACCAUAAAAAUCUACAAUUAUUGCAUUAAUUGAUUCUCAAUCAUCCUUUCACUCUAACGAGAUCAUUGUUCGUCUUCUUAUUGUAAAUUUUCCUGCCUAAAUGUUGAUGCAGGGUCAGUCCUGAAUAAGAUUGGGUCUUAGGAAAUAUUAAAGAUUAAGGGUCCUUUUGUAUAAAGUUUCUAAACGUUUAUGGUAUUUUUCAAAAGUAUUUUGAAAAAAUGGGCCAUUGGACUAAGGGAGUCCGCCUUAGCUCAUGGUUGGCCCUGUGUUGACCCAUUGGAUUGGAUAAAGAAACUAGUAGUCUUUCCAUUCCAUAUGUCUAGUGAUCAAUGGGCCGCCUUCGAGUAUAAGUAAACAUUUUGAAAGAAAAAAAAAUCUAUUCAUUUCAUUUCUCCCAAAAUACUAAUGCACUUUCCAAUUUUUAUUUUCUAAAAUCCCAAAUAAUCCCCUAUGCUUUUUACUCCAAUCUCCUUUAAAAUUAAGCUCCCGAACCUAGAGUAGAGAAUCAAUCUCUCUGUGCAGAAUCAAAAGCAUUCAGAAGCUUGGAACCACUUUUUUGGUACUGUCAAACGCCGCAACCUUUUUUUUUUCUACAUUUUAAGAAACUCUAGCUCGCUUUAGUCUUACCAAGAAUGCUUCCACGAGAGCCAUGAGCUUUUUAACCAUCCACCAUAAAACUAAGGAAAAACACCAAUGCCUCCAAAGGCUGACAUCAUAUUGCGAGGCUACUCUGGCUGGAACUCAAGACGUGCUCUUCUUGUCUUGGAUCAAGUUUUUCCUAAGGAUGCAGCAAUUCAACCUUCUUUGGUGAUAGUCUACUUUGGAGGUAAUGACUCGUUGCGUCCACAUCCAUCUGGACUAGGCCCUCAUGUCCCACUUCCUGAAUAUGUUGAUAAUAUGAAAAAAAUUGCUACCCAUCUCAAGGGCCUUUCAGAAAAAACUCGCUUAAUCUUUCUUACUGCUCCUCCUGUAAACGAGGAACAAAUUCUUGAAUUCUAUAGUGAAUUUGAAGAUAUGGGUCGAACAAAUGAGCUGUGCCGAGAGUACUCAGAUGCUUGCCUAGAGCUAUGCAAAGAGAUGGAUAUCAAGGCCAUUGAUAUGUUUACUUCAAUCCAGAAAAAGAAGAAUUGGCGAACUACUUGCUUCACAGAUGGAAUACACUUUACAUUUGAGGCUAGUAAGAUUAUACUGAAGGAGAUAUUGAAGGUGCUCAAAGAGGCAGACUGGGAACCAAGCUUACACUUUCGCUCAUUGCCAGCUCAAUUUGGAGAAGAUUCACCCUAUGAUCCUAUCAGUGCUGAUGGAAAGACGACUAUUAACAUAUCCGAUAAUCACUCUGACGUAAUCAUCCAACGGCUAAAAUUAUAUGAUGAUGAUGAGAAUUAAGGAUACAGAUUGUUAAAGCUCUUGUGAGUUGAUAAUACCCAAGAAAGAGGUGACUAAGCCAAAAGAUGAUACACACAUUUGGCUGGAAUAAGUGUACUCCCAAAGUUCCUGUUUAAAAUUUGAGAAUCUUAAUUGAUAAGGUGAUCAUUCAAUACUCAA